UGAAUGGACUGGUCAAGUUGACAUGAACAACAAACAUCAAACCACUUGUGCUUUGUCUGCCCGGUACAUGAUAUUCUGAAUGGUCUCAUAACACGGUCAAGCCUAUCAUAUCCAUCAAUUGUUCAAACUAGUUAGCACCAUGUCGCCUCCUACGUUCACAUCACCACCACCCGAGGUCGCAAACACUCUCGUGACGUUUCCAUCACCGCACGUCCUGCUUGCCACUCUCAACAGACCAAAACAGCUCAAUGCCAUUCCUACCUUUCAACAUAGAGACAUGGAACUCCUCUGGCAGUGGUACGACAGCGAGCCGACGCUCCGGUGCGCAGUACUGACGGGCACGGGGCGGGCUUUUUGCGCGGGCGCGGACCUGCGUCAGUGGAACGACACUCACGCGGCGGCAAAGGACGGCGAGGAGCCGCGCCGGCACGUCCCUAUCAGCACGGCCGGGUUCGGCGGCAUGGGCAACCGGGUGGGCAAGAAGCCCAUCGUGAUUGCGUGCAACGGCCUCGCCUUUGGCGGCGGCAUGGAGAUGGUCAUCAACGCCGACAUGGUGGUGGCCGGCACGUCGGCAAAGUUUGGCCUGCCCGAGGCGGGCAAGGGCGUCGUGGUCCUCGGGGGCGCGCUGCCCAGGCUCAUCAGGACGGUGGGCAAGCAGCGCGCCAGCGAGCUGACCCUCCUCGGCAGGACCGGCUACACGGCCGAGCAGAUGCGCGACUGGGGUAUUGUCAACUUUGUGGUCGAGGAGGCCAGGGUCCUGGAGGAGGCGCUCAAGGUCGCCGGCGAGGUCGCGGCCAACUCGCCCGACUCCGUUAUUGUGAACCGCGAGGGGCUGAGGCUGGGUUGGGAGGGCGUCGGGCCGGAGCUUGGGACCGCGAUGCUGGCGCAGGGCAUGUUUGGGCGGAUCGACGGCGGGGAGAACAUGCAGGAGGGGGUCAGGAGCUUUGUGGAGAGGAGAAAGCCGAAGUGGGUCGACAGCAAGUUGUAAGUAUAAAAGCCUUGAUUGUGGAAAAUUAAUGUCUCGUGCGAGGAUAUGACUGUCAUGACCAGUUG